CUCCGCUCCAGGUUCCUUUGAUGGCACAACAGCUCAUCGACCGAUUAAUCAAUAUCAAACCGGUCGCCUAAAACGUCGCUGCUGCGGCGCAGCCGCGUGGCCAGGCAAAAAUAAAAUGGCCCCCGCGGUCCACCCGAGGCUGCCUGCUCUUGGUCAAUCCUCCGUCAAUCACCAUGCUCAUCAUUAUUGUUGUCACACUGUCCACCUAUGCGGUGUAUAGCGUCGGCCUUGGGCUGUAUCGCCUGUUUUUUCAUCCCUUGGCCAACUUCCCCGGCCCAAAAUAUGCGGUCUUGAGCCGCUGGCACGAACGCUACUACGACGUCUACUUGGGAGGAAAAUUCAUCUUUUGGAUCGAGGAACAGCACAGGAAGUAUGGUGCGUGCGAUGCCAACCGAAGGAUCAGGGAGGCCAGAAAUAAUGUAAUCUGUAGGGCCCGUCGUUCGUAUCGCCCCAGAUGAACUCCAUCUUCUAGACGCAGACUUGUGGGAGACUAUCUUCACCAAAGCCGGUCGAGUCGACAAGUACGACUGGAUGUCAGGUCGAUUCGGUAACGACACCUCCGUCUUGACAACGGCCGCCGACAGCCUUCACCGUGUACGUCGCGGGGCGUUGAAUCCACUAUUUUCGCGGCAGCGGAUUCUUAGUCUCCAAGAUGUCAUCCGGGAGAAAGUUGGCAUUCUUAUCAAUCGGUUGGACGACGCGAAGGCGGUACAGGCGCCCGUGCCAAUAGACCGUGGCUUUGGGGCGUUUAGUGAAGACAUCAUCAUGCGAUAUUGUUUUGGCCGCGAUUAUGAUUCUCUGAAUCAGCAGGGGUGGGAACCGAUUUUGCAUGACUCGUUCGUGGGAGUCACCAGAUUUUCAAACACGGCAUUACACUUUCCGCUACUGCUGAAGGUCAUGAAUGCUUUGCCGGAGCUCUGGGUCGAGAAACUGAACCCCCUUUGUGGUCUGAUCUUUCGCUUGCAAAAGGACCUUGGUGAACAGAUUCGGGCAACAAAGGCAUCCAUCGCAUCGCGCGACAAAACUACCAAGGGCAACAAGUCGACAGUGUUCUCGGAACUGAUCGAAGGUGACCUCCCGGAGGCAGAAAAGGCCGAUCGCCGUCUUCGAGACGAAGCACAGACAGUUAUCGCCGCAGGACUCGCGACCUCAGCCUGGGCACUGAGCGUGGGAACUUUCUACCUCCUCCGCAACCCCAGAGUCCUCACUCGUUUGCGCCACGAGCUCGACGACGCCAUUCCAAGCUAUAAUCCCGCGGAUCGCACUGCAGCCCUGGAGUGGACGCAACUCGAAAAACUCCCCUAUCUAACAGCGGUGAUCAAAGAGGCCAUCCGACUGUCGUAUACAACCACAUCCCGUAAUGUACGUCUGCUGCCGAAGCCGAUUCAAUUCAACGAGUGGACCAUUCCCGCGCGCACACCGGUAUCAAUGACCAUCCCCUUUCUCAACCACGACGAGAAAAUCUUCCCGAACGCGAGGUCUUUUGUCCCAGAGCGAUGGCUGGAUUCGCCAAUGGCCGAUAAUGGCUCGCCUCUCGAGCGCUACUUUGUCGGUUUCGGAAAGGGGUCAAGGUCGUGUCUCGGACUAAAUCUUGCCUGGUGCGAGUUGUACCUGGUGUUCGCGUCUUUGUUUCUAUUCUUCGACUUUGAGCUGUUCGAAACAGACAUCACUGAUAUCGAGUUCGCUCAUGAUUUCUUUAUUCCGUUUCCAAGACUCGAUUCGAAGGGAGUCCGAGUGUUUGUGCGAUCCCGAGAAGAGGCUGGAACGCGCCGACCGCCAACCACGAAUGUCGAAUCACGUGCUGUAUGUCACUGAGUCAUGGUCUGACUGCUGCCUGACUCAUGAGCCACUGAGCCUCAGCCAUCGUCUCUCACCGUUCGCGACGCUUUCCAAAAGCAUCCUCAAUAAUUCAUACCAUAGUUGUGUAUCCAAAGCUCGUUUCAUACUCCGAGGUACUUACAAGCAGAGAUAUGUACGAAGCAGCACCUAAAGUAAGCUCAGUGGCUUUGUCUUGAACCCUCUUCGUCCGUAGCACAACCCCUUGAAAAGUGGUGCAUGAAGAUAUAUAGUUUGGCUCUGCGUACCUAAGUUUGAGUUAUUUGGCCAA